AGCGAGUUGAAGUUGUGAGAUGGGUCUUUUGUUGAGAGAAGUUUUGAAGAAACUUUGUUGUGUUAAUCAAUGGUGUUAUGCUGUUUUUUGGAAGAUCGGAUACCAGAAUCCUAAGUUGUUAAUUUGGGAGGAAUGUAACUCCGAAUCAACAUUAUGUUCAGUUUCACCAAGCACUUCUGGAACUGAGAACCUAGUACUGCCUUUCAGAGAAAGGGAAGGAUACUUAGGUUCUGAGGUUCAUUCCUCACAGUUUGGAGUUCAUGAGGGGGAUAGACUCCGUCUGCUUAUUAACAAAAUGAUGGCAAAUAAUCAGGUUAUUAUAGUUGGUGAAGGAAUUGUCGGCCGGGCUGCUUUUACAGGAAACCAUGAGUGGAUUCUUGCAAACAAUUGCUGUAGAGAUGCCCAUCCCCCAGAAGGUUUAAAUGAGGCACAUCUCCAGUUUUCAGCUGGGAUGCAGACAAUUGCUGUUGUUCCUGUUUGUCCUUAUGGAGUACUUCAACUUGGUUCUUCCUUGGCUAUUCCGGAGAAUAUUGGAUUUGUGAACAUUGUGAAGAGUUCGAUCCUGCAAAUAGGGUGCAUCCCUGGAGCCCUUCUGUCUGACAACCACAUGGAAAAUGAAUCUACAGAAAGAAUUGGAAUACCUAUUUCCUGUGGAAUGCCUCUUCCUGUGUGUUUUUCUGGAAAUUAUAAGGUGCCAAACUCUACUCCUUACUUGGCAGACAGCUUCAACCAACAAAUAAUCUCAUCUCAGGCAGCUUCUAGAAUUGUUGGUCGACCUUCAUGUUCUCAACCAAGACAGAUUCAGGAUAAUCAACUUGCUACUUCUUCAGCUAUUCAUAUCCAUAACGUGACUAAAACUUUGGCUAAAUCUUGUGAUAACUUCUGUGAACCAAAGAUUAUUCCAGUGAUGAAGCCAGACAAUCCAUCCAUGGGCCAGCUACCUGAUGGAGUGGUUGGAGCUGAAGUAAUCCCCUCAAAUCCUGGUGCAUUAUUGAACCAGCAGACUGAUUCAAGACCUGAAUUCAAUCAUCAACCAAUUAUUAGUCAAUCAGAUACCAACAAUAACAUAAUAAAAUUACUGGAACGGCAGAUUUUCUCUGAUGCGGGUGCUCAAAAUCAUGUUGGUCACAAUAAAAGUGAAUCAGAUAGCCUUACUAUGUCCCAUGUAAGGACAAAUGGAGGCCUUUUUCUUACUUCUCCUGGAGGUUCUCAUAUAUCUGGACAGUUACCUAAUGAAAUGGGUGGUCAGACAAGACCACACUCAAUUCCGUGCUCGUUAUUGAAACUGCAGAAGUUGGCAGAUCUUAAUCACUCGUCCACUUUUCUGGCAGGGGUUGGAAUUCAAAAUGCUGGUUCAUCAAGGGCAGAGGAGGUUCAUUUAUCCAGUCUGUUGGGUCGUUUUAGUGCGAGUGGCAUUCUCUCAGGGAGUUCCAAUCAUGAAUAUUAUCCCCCAGAUGUGAAGCCUAUUAAAAAUGAAAUACCUGCUAUGGAAAAAAAGGUUGAUAGCGACUUGUUUCAAGCACUUAACAUCCCACUAACUCAACCAGGGGAACAUAUAUAUUUGGGUGAGAAAAUCCUUGGUCCUGUUAAUGAUUGCCUGAAGAAUGCUUCUGGAAGUCAGAAUACGGUUACUGUAAAUGCUAUGAUUGAUGAGCCAUGUGCUCAACUUCCAUCUGGGGAUGACUUGUAUGAUAUUUUGGGCGUGGGUUUUAAAAACAAACUACUCGACGACCAGUGGAAUAAUUUACUUCGGGAAGAGGCAUGUGUGAAGACACAAGAUAUGGUUAACGAUGCUUUAGCAUUUACGAGUAUCCGGGAGGCAAAUUCUGAUAUUUUUUCACUUAAUGAAGGAAUAUCAGACAGUAAUAUGUUCUCUGACAUGGGUACUGAUCUUUUAGAUGCUGUGGUAUCUAGGGUGCAUGCUGCUGCCAAGCAGAGCUCAGAUGAUAAUGUGUCUUGCAAGACAUCAUUGACAAAGAUCAGUGCGUCAUCCUUUCCCAGUGGUUCUCCCACCUAUGGCUCAAUUGGUAUGGCUGAUCGGGUACAGAGGGAGUUAAUUAGCCUGCCUGGAAAAGCAGGGACCAUAGCAUCUACCUCUUUUAGAUCUGGCUGCAGUAAGGAUGAUGCUGGAAGUUAUUCUCAAACUACUUCCAUCUACGGGUCCCAGCUGAGUUCCUGGGUUGAGCAGGGCCAUAAAGCAUGGCAUGAUAGCAGUGUUUCAACUGCAUUUUCCAAGAAAAAUGACGCAACAAGCAAACCAAAUCAUAAAAGGCUUAAACCUGGAGAGAACCUGAGACCCAGGCCCAAAGAUCGGCAGAUGAUCCAAGAUCGGGUAAAGGAGUUGCGCGAGAUUGUGCCAAAUGGAGCAAAAUGUAGCAUAGAUUCUCUGCUUGAACGCACCAUCAAGCAUAUGCUUUUCUUGCAAAGUGUGACAAAGCAUGCAGAUAAGCUAAAACAAACUGGGGACUCGAAGCUUAUUAACAAGGAAGGUGGACUCCAUUUGAAGGACAAUUUUGAGGGAGGAGCAACGUGGGCAUUUGAAGUUGGUUCACGGUCUAUGGUCUGUCCUAUCAUCGUUGAGGAUCUGAAUCCACCUCGCCAGAUGCUCGUGGAGAUGCUUUGUGAAGAACGAGGUUUCUUUUUAGAGAUAGCUGACUUAAUUAGGGGAUUGGGAUUGACAAUCUUGAAGGGGGUGAUGGAAGCUCGGAAUGACAAGAUCUGGGCAUGUUUUGCAGUAGAGGCAAACAGGGAUAUAACGAGGAUGGAAAUAUUUAUGUCGCUUGUUCAACUUCUGGAGCAAACUGUCAAGGGCAGUGCAGGACCAGUGGGUGCUUUGGAGAAUGGUGAUAUGAUGGUUAAUCUCACAUCCCCCCAAACAACCUCUAUACCUGCAACUGGUAUGCCUAGCGGUCUGCAGUGAACUGCCUGACAAACAAUAUUUCUGGUGUGGAUAUGUUCAGAGCAAAUGCAGUUUUGCUUGCCAUGACUAACAUGUGAUCUAGCCUAAGCUCUCAGGCAGUUCUAACUAUCUCUAAACUUUUUUGUCUCCCAAAAUUAGAUUACGCCUAACAUCACCUCACAGAAUUGGAGAUUUGUUUAGAUAGCUAAAGGCUUGCCAGGAACUUUCGACAUUGUGUUCCCUUUGGAGAUGAAUAUCUUAAUGUUUGGAUCGUCUAACGUUGGGGAGAAAAUUUAGCUUCAGAGUGGUAAAAUGGUCGUGUUGUAGGUGACUAGACAUCAAUGCUGCAGCAUCUUAGUGUAGUCUCAGUGUAGGCUGGAGAAAUGGUUGCAUAGCAAUGGGGUAUUGUGGCUAACAAAUGUAUAGGGGAUGUUGGAUAUGAGAAAUGAAGGGGUCUAUCCUUUUUUUUCGUUUGGUAAAACAAUGUGCCUUAUCUUUCUUUUUUUGUCCUUUCUUUCUUGUGCCACAGGUUUCUGUAGCGAUUUGAUUUUCCUCCUGAACCCUUUUUACUGUGUGGUUUUCAAGUUAGUGCAAUUAUACUUUGGCUUGACGC